UUCACGACAUCCUCCCUUCACAACCACAACACUUGAUUCUCGAGUGCUUCUCCCACGCAUCAUGUCGAAGUCACCAAAGGAUUCAACGCGAUUCACAGCCACCGGAGUGUGGGCGCACACAAGACCUGGCGGGCGGGCAACAACGCUGCAAUUCGCAGAUCCCGCACCGAAAAAUGAAACGCCACAGCAGAAAGUCAAGCGGUUAAGAGAGGCUGCGAACAGGGCGAAGAUGGCACAGGUCACGAGGUGGGAUUAUAUGUAUCUGUACGGCAGAAUGGCGGCGGAUGCGGCGCAUAGAUUUACCGUCUACGGCUUAAUAUUUGCAACGGGUUGCGUUGGUGUCCUCGCAGUAUUCUCAAUAGGUGACAUGAUCGUCUACAAUCGACGGAAACGAGCAAUUUACUUCGCCCAAGAAGAACAAGCCCAGGCCAAGAUCCUCGAACUUGCCCGUUCUGCGGUCGCAUCAGGGACCGCCACACCCGCACAAUCCGCACUCGUCACAGGUAUCGCCGAGGAGCAAGAAGCGUUUGAGAGGAAGAAGGCGGAGCGAAAGGCCCCUUCAAAGCUGCUGUGGUGGCUGCACGGUGACUGGAAGGAGGAGCAGGCAAUCGCAGAGCAGAGGAGACUCGCUGUAGAGGAGAUUAAGCGCCAGGAAGCGCAAGGAAACACAAACCUGGGCAUUGCUGCUGCAGUGCAAGAGGCCAGGGCACACGACACCACAUCCACAUUCACAGCCUCGACGUCAUCAACACCAGUAGUCGGAGGCCCUCUGGACAACGCAGCAGAGAAGGCAGUACACAAGGUCGAGGAAACCGGCAAGGGAUGGUUUGGAUGGAUGAAGGGCGGAUCCAAGAAGGAGUAGAUGUAAGAAAGAAUAGGGGAGGAAUCCGGCGGAGCGCGAAGCCAGACGCUUCGGUGUACCAUAUACGACCUCAGCUUGUACAUUGCUGUCACAUUAGAUGUUUGCAUGAUGGAGUUCUUCAGAGUCAUGAAGGAGUCCACGAUUGUCUUGGGCAUCUCAGCUUCAUGUCUAUAUUGCACGUUCAAUCCAUAUCGAAGUUGAAUGCUUCUCAGCCUGACAAACCAAGCGCAUCGCUCACUGGUUUCCUUGACCAGCCAC